GCGGAAGGCGCGCUGGGUUGCUGAGCAUGGCCAGCGGGGAGCUGGGGGGCAGGGCGGCUGAGAAGCUCUUCUCCCUGAGCGGGCUGUUCGCCGUCUACAAGCCCAAAGGGGCCACCUCGGCUGCCGUGCUCAACCUGCUGAAGGAGAGGCUGCUGGCAGAAGCCGGUGUGCAGACAAAAGAUAACAAAAGAAAAAAGCAAGCCUUGAAAAUUGGACAUGGUGGGACUUUGGACAGUGCAGCAACAGGAGUUCUGGUGGUUGGUAUUGGAAAGGGAACGAAAUUGCUGAAAACUAUAUUGGCAGGUUCCAAGAAGUACACUGCCAUUGGACUACUGGGCAGAGCUACUGAUACAUUAGAUGCUACAGGAAAAGUAACUGAAGAAAAGCCUUAUGACCAAGUAACAAAAAGAGAUCUUGAGAAUGUGCUGCAGAAGUUCACAGGGGACAUAAUGCAGGUUCCUCCACUCUAUUCUGCUUUGAAGAAGGGUGGAGAAAGGCUAUCAACUCUAAUGAAGAGAGGAGAAGCAGUAGAAGCAAAGCCUGCUCGGCCAGUAAGAGUGUACAGCCUCUCUCUCCAACAGUUCCAGCCACCACUGUUCACACUGGAUGUCGAAUGUGGCGGCGGCUUUUAUGUCAGGAGCCUGGUCAGUGACAUUGGCAAAGAACUUUCAACCUGUGCCAGCAUACAGGAGCUGACCCGAACCAAACAUGGACCCUUUACGCUGGAGGAGCACGCGCUUCAUGAAGACAGAUGGACAAUUGAUGAAAUUGCACGAUCCUUAGAGCAUUGCAUGUCUCUUUUCCCAGGAGAGCAAUCUCAUAAAAAAUUUAAGACAGAGCUUCCUGGAGAAACUGCUGUGAGCCGUGAAGAUAAGUGAUAAGUUGGGUCAACGAAAAAGGCUGAAUGAUUGAGACGUUUUUAGAUUGGAUUGGGAUUGUCUUGCCUUUUGUAUAAAUUUACAGGUCUGUGUUGGGAGGGUGACAAAAUGCAGUCCAAGACAAAUGGUUCUUUUGUUUUCUGGGGCUAUAGAAGAUGCACUGAAAGCAUCCAGUGCCUGCUGCUCCAUGAUCUGUUUAUUUCUCUCAUUACAUACUGUAAAUUUUUCUGCCGCUGACAUCAAGUCUGCAUAAACUUUUAAAGAACUGAUAGGCUGCCCUACAGCUGUUGUUACUAAUUUUUCAAUAAAAAAUUACAAACCUUAGGAUUUAC